GGUGGCUGCCUGCUGUCGAGAUCUGUCCGCUGCUGUUGGAUAGAUGGCUAGCGAAACUCAACGACGCUAUUUUCUGAUGUCGCAUCGGUGCGCAAAUGUGCGAAAUGCUCCUCAUUCUUAGUGGAAAACCUCUCCGUCGUCUCGUGAUUCCCGUACCGGGUUGAAUCGGGACCAAACAAAGCUCCGUUCAGCCGAUAUGAGUGAGGCGUGUGUUCGUUUGUUGUGACAAGCCUACCGCGACGUUAGCGCAAGCCGCAAAGUCAGAGUCGGCACUCAGCGAUGAAUCAUGUGUACUUGGGAAGUAGGCUCCCAUUAGAACAGUCCUGAGUGCUCCGAGAUCUGAACUGAAGAGAAAGUUUCUGAAAAAAAACGGAAAAUCCCUUCAUAAUGUCCUGUGUCGCCUGCGGUCAGAAGUUUGGUGCGCUGAACCGGGCCAGAGCCUGUUCAUGGUGCAACAGGGAACUUUGUUCGUCAUGUGUCAAGUACAAGAUGUCUUCGAAGCCUUCUUGUGGGAAAUGUUACACGAAUAGUCAACAACCGAAAAGUGAAGUAAACAGCGUGGGGAUCGAUAUCAGACCGAAAGCGCUGCGGGAUCUGCAGGCCGCGCGAUUGAAACGCAGCGCUGCCGAGUCCGCUGCUAAUCCCACAGCUCCAGCAAGAGUUCAUGUGGGUGGAGAAGAUCAGGCCCAUUCGGCGGGGAGCUCGAUUAACGACGAGGACAUCGCUAGAAGAUUAGCUUUGCUCCGGGGCCAGCCGACAUCGGUCGAGCCGCCGAGAUCCUCAUUGACAUUAAGCAACCCUCCGAAAUCCAUGCAAGAACAGGAGGAUGAUCUCCUCAGAGCUACGAUGUCGACGCUCGACCUGCAGAGGAAAACUUCGGCUGAAAGCUAUAUCGAGAAACGUCUGGAAGAUCUGCGGAGGGACUGUCCUGUAGACUUGGGCCCUAGGCCGAGAGAACUCGUCACUGGCGUGGCACGCGAUCUCUCGACGAGCGAGCUCAUGGAGAAAAUCCUGAGAGAGGCCCAGCUAGAAGUGAAGACUGGCGAAGUUGCCUCCGGGUCUUGCGAAAUUGCCUCGGGAAUUCCCGACGUUCCGGACAUUUCGGAUCUCGACGAACUUCCGUGGUGUGUGAUAUGCAACUCCGAUGCUACAAUCCGUUGCGUUUCCUGUGAUAAUGACCUGUAUUGCCGACGAUGCUUCAAGGAAUGCCAUGACAAGGACGACGAACACAUUACAAAGGCUUUCACAAAAACUUCUAGUGAUUGAUUGAUUGAUUUUUAUUUAUCGUAGAGCGCCUUCGUGAUAAUAAAGAUUAAGCCAUUUUA